UUCAGCUAUGUAAUGUUUUUCGAUCCCAUGAAAUGGAAAUUGACCAGUGCUUGCUGGAGUCCCUUCCCCUUGGCCAACGGCAGCGGCUGGUGCAGCGCAUGCGCUGUGAACAGAUCAAAGCCUAUUAUGAACGAGAGAAGGCUUUUCAGAAGCAGGAAGGGUUCCUGAAGAAGCUGAAACGUGGGAAGAAUCAGAAAGUUCAUUUUAACCUUGCUGACAUGAUACAGGAUGCAAUUAUCCACCACGAUGACAAAGAAGCUCUUCGACUCCUGAAGGAGGGGGCAGACCCGCACACUCCCGUUUCCUCAGGAGGGUCCCUGCUCCAUCUGUGUGCUCGGUAUGAUAAUGCCUUCAUUGCAGAGAUCCUGAUUGACAGAGGGGUCAAUGUCAACCACCAGGAUGAAGACUUUUGGACGCCAAUGCACAUUGCCUGUGCGUGUGAUAACCCUGAUAUUGUCCUGCUGCUUGUGUUAGCUGGAGCCAAUGUCCUUCUGCAGGAUGUCAAUGGAAACAUCCCAUUGGAUUAUGCCGUGGAAGGGACGGAAUCAAGCUCUAUCCUGUUGGCCUAUCUGGAUGAAAAUGGAGUGGAUCCGACCUCCCUGCACCAGAUGAAGCUUCAGAGGCCAAUGAGUAUGUUAACAGAUGUAAAACACUUCUUAUCAAGUGGAGGAAAUGUUAACGAGAAAAAUGAUGAAGGAGUUACUCUGUUACACAUGGCAUGUGCAAGUGGCUACAAGGAGGUGGUAUCUCUUCUGCUGGAACAUGGCGGAGACCUCAAUACAGUAGAUAAUCAGCACUGGACCCCACUCCAUUUGGCAGCAAAAUAUGGCCAGACAAACCUGGUGAAACUUCUUUUGAUGCAUCAGGCGAAUCCAAACCUUCUGAACUGCAAUGAAGAGAAGGCCUCAGAUAUCGCUGCAUCUGCGUAUAUCCAGGAAAUGCUGCUGAAAGCCGAAAUUGCCUGGGAGGAAAAAAUGAAGGAGCCUUUAUCUGUUCCUACCUUAGCACAAGAGGAGCCAUAUGAAGAGAUCAUUCAUGAUCUCCCAGCACUUUCCACUAAGCUCAGUCCACUGAUGUUGCCAAUUGCCAAGCAAGACAGUUUGUUGGAAAAAGACAUUAUGUUCAAAGAUGCAACAAAAGGUCUGUGCAAGAGACAAUCUCAGGACAGCGCCCCUGAAAAUGCCACCGUGAUUGGCCCCACCAAACCUGAGCAGGUCAAGCUAAUGCCUCCCGCUCCAAACGAUGACCUAGCAACGCUCAGUGAGCUCAACGAUGGCAGCCUGCUUUAUGAAAUUCAGAAGCGCUUUGGGAACAAUCAGAUAUACACUUUUAUUGGGGAUAUCCUCUUGCUUGUUAACCCAUUCAAAGAGCUUCCAAUUUAUUCCACUAUGGUCUCCCAGCUGUACCUCAGCAGCACGGGGCAGCCCUGUUCCUCUCUGCCCCCUCACAUCUUCUCCUGCGCGGAGAGAGCCUUUCACCAGCUUUUCCAGGAGCAGCGGCCCCAGUGCUUCAUUCUCAGUGGAGAAAGAGGAUCUGGAAAGUCCGAAGCCAGCAAACAAAUAAUGAGGCACCUGACCUGUAGAUCUGGCUCCAGCAGGCCUAUAUUUGAUUCCAAAUUUAAACAUGUCAUGUGCAUUUUAGAAGCCUUUGGACAUGCCAAGACAACUCUUAACGAUCUGUCCAGUUGCUUCAUAAAGUAUUUUGAACUACAGUUCUGCGAGAGGAAAAAACACUUAACUGGAGCCAGAAUUUAUACAUACAUGCUAGAGAAAUCUAGACUUGUUUCACAACCUCUUGGCCACAGCAAUUUCCUCGUUUUCUACUUGUUGAUGGAUGGGUUAUCUGCUGAAGAAAAAUAUGGACUUCACCUUAAUAAUUUAUGUGCACACCGGUAUUUGAACCAGACGCUACAAGAAGAUCUGUCAACAGCAGAGCAUUCUCUAAACAGGGAGAAAUUCACUGUUUUGAAACAAGCCCUGAACGUAGUUGGCUUCAGUAACUUGGAGGUGGAGAAUCUGUUUGUGAUUCUAGCAGCGAUAUUACACAUCGGAGACGUUCGGUUCACUGCUCUGACUGAGGCCGACUCUGCGUUCGUUUCUGACCUCCAGCUUCUGGGACAAGUGGCUGGAUGGUUACAAGUAUCAGCUGAUGAACUGGUGUCUGCUUUAACAACCGAUAGCCAAUAUUUUAAAGGAGAUAUGAUCACACGACGACACACUAUAGAGAUGGCUGAAUUUUACCGGGAUCUCCUGGCCAAGUCCCUGUACAGUCGUUUGUUUAGCUUUUUGGUGAAUACUGUGAAUUGUUGCCUCCACAGUCAAGAUGAGCACAGCAGCACACAGACGUGGGAUAUUGGAAUAUUGGACAUCUUUGGUUUUGAAGAAUUUCAAAAGAAUGAAUUUGAACAACUUUGUGUCAACAUGACCAAUGAGAAGAUGCACCACUAUAUCAAUGAAGUGCUUUUUCUACAGGAGCAAACAGAAUGUGUACAAGAGGGAGUUACCAUGGAAACAGCUUAUUCUCCUGGUAACCAGACUGGAGUUUUGGAUUUUUUUUUCCAGAAGCCAUCUGGAUUUCUCUCUUUAUUGGAUGAAGAAACUCAAAUGAUUUGGUCAGUGGAACCAAAUCUUCCUAAAAAGCUACAAAGUCUCCUAGAAUCCUCCAACACAAAUGCAGUGUAUUCCCCCAUGAAGGAUGGGAAUGGGAACGUCACCCUCAAAGAUCAAGGCACAGCAUUCACUGUUAUGCACUACGCAGGAAGGGUAAUGUAUGAAACGGUUGGAUCAAUUGAAAAAAAUAAAGACUCUCUUUCACAGAAUCUUCUAUUUGUAAUGAAAACUAGUGAAAAUGUCGUGAUCAAUCAUUUGUUCCAAUCAAAACUGUCACAAACGGGAUCCCUCGUCUCUCCCUAUCCUUCUUUUAAAUUCAGAGGACGUAAAUCUGCCCUGCUCAGUAAGAAAAUGACAGCUUCUUCAAUUAUUGGAGAAAACAGGAAUUACCUAGAACUUGGCAAGUUAUUAAAAAAGAAAGGAACUUCUACAUUUCUUGAAAGACUGGAACGGGGAGGCCCGGUCACCAUUGCAUCGCAACUCAGGAAAUCUCUAACGGAUAUUAUUGGAAAACUUCAGAAGUGCACUCCACACUUUAUUCAUUGCAUCAAGCCCAAUAACUCAAAGCUGCCAGAUACCUUUGAUAAUUUUUAUGUGUCUGCUCAGCUACAAUAUAUUGGGGUCCUGGAGAUGGUGAAGAUCAUCCGAUACGGAUACCCUGUUCGGCUUUCCUUCUCGGAUUUUCUGUCAAGGUAUAAACCACUGGCCGAUACACUCCGGGGUGAGAAGAAGAAACUGUCUGCCGAGGAGAAAUGUCGACUUGUCCUCCAGCAGUGUAAAUUACAAGGCUGGCAGAUGGGUGUCCGAAAAGUGUUUCUAAAAUACUGGCAUGCCGGCCAGCUCAAUGAUUUGUGCCUACAGCUGCAGAGAAAAAUUAUCACCUGCCAAAAAGUUAUAAGAGGAUUUCUAGCACGCCAGCACUUGCUUCAGAAAAGGAGCAUCAGACAACAAGAGGUCACGUCCAUCAACAGCUUUCUGCAGAUUACAGAGGACAUGGGGCUGAAGACCUAUGAUGCCCUGGUCAUUCAGAACGCUUCGGACAUUGCCCGGGAAAAUGACCGGCUCAGGAACGAAAUGAAUGCUACUUACCACAAAGAGAAGCUGGAGGCCAGGAACAAGCCAGAGGAAGGAAACAGAAGAGCUGAAGACAAGGGUGGACCCAGGCAUUUUCACUGCAGCUCCGUCCCAGUCCCCAUGGCAGUGGACGGCCUGGUCCAGUCCCUGGCUGGCCCAUCCACCCGGUCUCCUUCUCUGCACUCGGUGUUCAGCCUGGAUGACAGCAGUGGCCUCCCGUCACCACGGAAACAGCCUCCACCCAAGCCAAAGAGGGACCCCACCACGCGGCUGAGCGCCUCCUAUGAGGCAGUGAGCGCCUGCCUGUGGGCCGCAGCUAAGGAAUCCGCGAGUGAAGUUCUCACGCGGCCCCGACCGCACAGUGAUGACUACAGCACCGUGAAAAAGGUUCCUCCUCGAAAGCCAAAACGAAGCCCCACCACCAAGCUCAGCGGCUCCUCGGAGGAGACCCCGGGGACCGUGCCGGGGGUCCCCGCGCGCCCCGCGCCCCAGGCCGAGGCCGAGCCCGUCUACAUUGAGAUGCUGGGCCGCGCCGGCAGCCCCGAGCAGGCCGAGGCCGUGUACGAGGAGAUGAAGUACUUCGUGCCCCCCGAGGACGGCGGCGCGGGGGUGGGCGCCUCGGCGUCCGCGUCGCCCCCUCUGCUGGGUGACGGUCGGAACCCCAUCUCCCUGGAGGACGGCGACGGGAGCGGCCAGGCGCCCGGGCCCUGCAAGGACGCGUGCGACAUUCCCGCGCCCUUCCCCAACCUGCUCCCUCACCGGCCCCCGCUCCUGGUGUUCCCGCCCACCCCGGUCACCUGCUCCCCCGCGUCCGACGAGUCGCCCCUGACGCCCCUGGAGGUGAAAAAGCUGCCCGUCCUGGAAACCAACCUCAAGUACCCUGUGCAGUCCGAGGGCUCGAGCCCUCUGUCUCCGCAGUAUUCCAAAAACCAAAAAGGGGACGGAGACAGGCCCGCGUCCCCCGGCCUCCCGGUAUUUAACGGGGCCCACAAGGUCUCUCCGCCGCCCACGCCCCCGCCCGCGCCCCCGGCCGCCGCCCCCCGGCCGCCCGCACACUUCACCUUCCCGCCAGAGCCCGGCGCGCCCACCGCGGGGAAAGGGGCGGCCAACCCAGAUCUGCCCAAGGGGCAGCAGAAGCCCAACUCUGCUCCAGCCGGGGGGCCGUGCAGCUCUUUCUCCAAGGUUCCUUACUCCCCCGGGAAGGCAGCUAGAGCCGACCAUAGGAAGGCCAACUCCAACUCCUCCUCUCCAGUCCCCUACAGCCCCCCAAACUCCAGACCAAUCGGCAGCCCUCUGGACGAGCUAACCAGUCUCUUUAACUCGGGAAGGAGCGUGCUCCGGAAGUCGGCGGUGGGGAGAAGAAUCAGGGAACCGGAAGGUUUUGAAACUAACAUGAACCUAACUAGCCGAGAUGAUCCUGGUACAUCAGAAAUUGCAUCAGAGACUCAAGAUAGAAAUGCAAAUAACCAUGGAAUUCAAUUAUCUAAUUCACUCUCUAGUGCCAUCACUGCUGAAAAUGGAAAUUCCUUCUCAAAUGGUUUACCUGAAGAGGAGGGAUGCUCCAGGCUGUCUGUGAGUGGCACAGGGACCUCAUCAUUUCAGAGACACAGGGAGAGUCACACCACUCAGGUAAUCCAUCAGCUGAGGCUCUCGCAGAAUGAAAGUGUAGCCCUGCAGGAGCUCCUGGACUGGAGGCGGAAGCUCUGCGAGGAGAGAGAAGACUGGCAGCAAAUCCUGCACCACCCGGAGCCCAGGGCGCCUCCCCCACCUCCUUGCAAGAAGCCGACUCUUCUGAAGAAGCCUGAGGGGGCCUCCUGCAGCCGGCUGCCUUCUGAGUUCUGGGACACCACCAUUUGAUGUGGCCCGGACUGCAGACUCGCAGAAUAGGACUGUCUAGCGAUUCCAGGCUGCAUUGACAGAAGGCUGCCUCUGAUAUGGCUGGGUGCUCUCGCCACACAUUUACACAAACAAGCACAGGACAAUGAAGUUAAAUACAUGAGAUUCCGUGUGUGUG